AUGGACGUCAACAAAUUUCCAUAUGAGCUUCUAUCCAUCAUCAAUUCGUAUGCAGCGGAUUGGGUUGGCUUUGAAAGUCUUUUGGAAGUCUCUCCACAGUUAAAGGAGCUUUUCAGUGAUGACUCAGACACCAAGGCGGAUAUUGAAGCUGUAGGCCUGGUGGAAUCGAUCCUUCAGCAGAACCCUGUUAUGCGCUAUGAAUUGCAUUCCCUGUUUCGGAUGGUUCUAAAACUUCGCCAGCCUUCCAUGGCAAAUGUCAGUCUUGCUGAGUUCAUGGCUCAGGAUCACUCUUCGUCGUUGAUGGUCUCCUUUCCUUCAGUCUCCCGAGUCAUGCUCAAGGAGCUGGUGGGCAUUGCGGCCAAUAUCCAAAGGCUUGCAUGUGCCUGUUUGACAACAUUUCUUCAUCGUGUUCGAAUGGUUCAGCCACGGUGUUGGGUGGAGGACAAAGAAGAAGGCACUGAGCCAUAUCAGCCGCGAGAGGCUGGCCCUUCAUCGUGGAUCGAGGAGUAUCGAGUCUAUCGUGCACUGUGGCACCUGCAACUGUAUUCCGACCUCUCUAUCGCUGGGCGGCGAUUGAACUGGCCUCAAUGUGAUCUCGAGGACUGGUGGUUCGAACAGAUGAAGUGGGAUCAAGUACCCGUUGUGCUUGGAGAAGAAGUCCUUGCGAUAUCGGAAUGCCUGGAGGCUUUGGACGGAGUCUGUCCUACCCUCCACACUACAAAGGGUAUGGCGACUAGAUUCUACAACGAGAAGCACCUUUUCGAGAUACACCUUAUAUCUCAGCUGCCUAAUGCACGGCAAUUGAGGCAUGAAUUUGACACUUGGGCCCCUCCAUCUCCCCCCAAAAUUGCCGACGCUGAGGAGACUUCCCGUAUGGAUGUUUGGGGCCAGGGGGUUACAUCGAUCCACCGUAACCGAAUGGCCACUAUCUUCCGAGUGUGCCAGCUUCGGACAAGUACCCAUCCCGCUAGGCAUCAAGUCUGCCAAAUUCAGGACUCCCGUCCUUGGCGGGGACUAGGUAUGCCAAUCUGGGACCUCUGGCGUUGUUACUGUUUGGGACUAUACGCAGCUAAAUAUCCCCGUGGGAGACACCGUGGUCCUAUUCCGGCUCCUGACGGGUCAUCAGUUCCUGAGGGCUGUUCUCCCGCUGACUGUGGAUUCGAAAUCGAUUACCGGAUUUCGGUUUUUCUACAUGCGCGGAUGCAGAUGGAGGACAAGAAACGAAAGGGUAUGGUAUCAAAAUAA